CUCGCGCUCGCCCUCGAGCGACGCGCGCGCGACGCCAUGGUAUCGCACCGAGCGAAACCGCGCGUGGUGGAUCAGCGCAGGAAAAUCCUGCAACGCACGAAAUCGUUGCUCAGGUUUCUCGGUCUCGGACACAUGCGGAACAUGGGGGCGGAGCUGCCGUACAGGAAACGAGUGGAAUUCAUGCUGGUGACAAUCUUCGGGACGACGUUUGAUAAAAACUCGUACUGGUACGGGGCGCCGGAUCCGGACACGUUCUUCGCGACGAUUUUGAACAUGGCGGGGGCGAACAAAGCGGUGAGUGCGAGCGAUGGGAGCGAGAUAUUUCGGAUCAAACCGGGAACGACGUCGUACGAGGUGAAUCGAGGGAAGCUGCGGGCGCUCGGGGUGUCGGAGAGGACGCUGCGGGACUUGUUCGCGAGGACGGAGGCGGCGGAUGUACAGCACCAAAUUGAACCAGUGGGGCCGUUGGAGGUGCCGUUACCGGAGGCGGUGAUGGCGUACGCGGCGGAAGAUCGGUCGAUGACGCCCGAUGCGCCCGCGGAAGUUGAGACGCAAGAGGACGCGGCGCGCAUGCUCGUGGACUUGUUCGGGGGCUCGCAAAUGGAGGAACAGAAAACAUUCACGAAACUAGUCACGCAUGGGAACACGAAAGUCCCCAUCAAAGUCAAAAAACGAGCCUCUGGGAAGAGAAAGAACCGUUCGGACACGUUGAGGGAAACGGCGGAUGAAGCAACGACCAAAUCAGUCGCCGAGACGGCGACGACAUCCGCAAGUCGAGAUACUUUAGCCGCAACGAUAACGGCGAAACCAGAAGCAAACGGCCGAAACAGAAGAAAGGCUAACGCUCCUUCGAGGAACAGCAAAGGCAAAGAGCUAGACCUGGGUGACGACGACGAGCCUGACGACGCCGUCGCCGCUAAACCCAUUCCUGACGACGACGACACGCACAGCAAGGCGUUGGAAGCUAAUCUAGCGCGGCGCUUGUGCCUAGCUCCGCGCGACGGAUCGCACAGACCACUUCCAUUUCUUGAUUACGGCUGGGAUCCUGAGCUCGAGCCGAAAUCUAUCGCUCAGUUGCACGAGGAUAACGAGUUCUUUCUCGCUCCUGAAGCAUCUGGCGAUGAUGCUCCAACGUGCGGAGCGGCGAACGAUGAUCCUCUGUUGGGCGUUGAGGAUUUCGUUGAUUUCGAUGAAGUUUUGAAUUCGUACGUCUUUCCCUCAUUCGAACAGAAUCCGGAACUUGAACAUAGGCGCCAAUCUACGCGAAUGCUUUUUUCAAAGUUUCGAGCGGAACUGCACGACAUUCUCCGAGGCACGGAGGUGGCCGAAAAAGUGUUCGAACAACUCGACGUUCUCCUAGAGACCGCAGAUAUGGGUCUCUUGAGGAACUUUGCACUACGUGGGGAAUGAAAUCUUCGCGCGCAUGUGGGUUGU